ACUUUAUUUUUCAUUAUGAGCGAAACAAUUGUUAUCCAGACCACAACCACUGAGACCACUACCACCGUCGAGGAAAUUGGAUCUAUUCCUGUUACUUCAUCCCCAUUCGAUGAGGAUGCUAUCCUUGAAAACCCUCAGCUUGCCAGUGCUAUGCGCGAGGGGACAAAGGCAAUUCAUAAGGCUGCUGAAGAAAGUGUAUUUACAAAGAAGUUCUUAAAGGGAGACAUCACCCUUGACGAGUACGGAAGAUAUAUCAACUCUUUGUAUUAUGUAUACAGUUCUAUGGAGUCACUUUUGGAAAAGUACAAGAAUGACCCUGCAGUUGAGAAUAUCUAUUUCCCUGAGGAGCUUAAUCGAAAGGAGGUCUUAUUGAAAGAUCUUACACACUAUUAUGGCAAAGAGCGUCUUGCAAAGAUUAUCGCGCCUUCUGCUAUGACACCUGCUAUCAAGACUUACGUGGAUGCUAUGGAAGAAGCCUGUAAAGUAAAUCCUGCCUUAUUGGUAGCAUACAGCUACACCCGUUACUUGGGUGAUCUCAGUGGUGGACAGAUCCUGGCCAAGCGCCUGAAGAAGUCAGUACUCAAAGUUGAUGAAAAGGACAGCGAAUGGGACUCAACCAAGGGAUUAGAAUUCUACUAUUUCGAUCACAUUGGUAACCAGAAUGAAUUCAAGGCGCUUUACCGUGAGAGAUUAGACGGUGCUAAAGUAAGCCAGAAGACCAAGGAUCUUAUAAUCGAAGAAGCUCUCAAAUGCUUUGCUUUCAAUAUCGAAGUGUUUGAUGAGAUUCAUGAGCUCUCGCAGGCGAAUAAGCUCAUUUCGAUUAGCCAGAAGAAUGACUCUGUUGGUCCCAGACCCUACGCUUUGUGGGGUGCCUUGGCUACUGGUGUCGCUGCCAUUGCGACCGGAGUGUUUAUCUACAACAAACAGCGCUAAACAAUAUAUAUUAUUACUGCAACUAUCAUCACUACUUCACCUUCUUUUUCUUUUCUUUCUUCACAUAUUAUCCUGUAUAUUCUCUAAAUAAAUCGCAAAUACUUUUUCUUUUU